AUGGCCAUCGGUGUACCUCGCGGUCGACAGGCUCUAGCCGUCAGCGGCGUCUUUACCUGCCUGGCCACCUUCCUCGCAGCAGUCCGCAUCUACACCCGAGCAUACAUGGUGAAACAGCUGGGUGCUGAUGACUGGACGAUCCUGGUAUCCCUCUCUUUCAGCUGGGCUUUUCUUGGUCUUUUUGUCGGCGAAACGGCGUAUCUCAUGGGCGAGCAUUAUGACCAAAUACCUCCGGAUACUCUGAGAAAGCAAAUGAUUUGCUUUUGGGCUUCAGUUCCCAUCUAUCAAGCCAGCCUUAUCACCACGAAAGCAUCGAUCCUCCUACAGUACAAACGUGUGUUCUCGACACCGCGCAUGCGCUUGGCUUGCUACUUUUUACUCGGUUUCCUCGGUGUUUGGGGGACUUGGACAUUCGUCAGCGCAUGGCUCAAUUGCGUCCCAGUGGCCAAAUUCUGGGACGAUAGUCUGGACGGUUUCUGUCUGGAUAAGAAAGCCCUAUGGUUCUCCAAUUCGGCUAUCCACAUCUUCACUGAUAUCCUCCUUCUAAUAUUUCCUAUGCCCGUUCUCAAAAAGCUCCAACUACCUUCACGGCAGAAGCUAGCCCUCAUGGGCGUCUUCGCUCUUGGCGCAUUCGUUCUUGUCACAAGUAUCCUCCGCCUACAAAGUCUUCUAGUUGUUUCUGAUUCAAAAGACACAACAUUUGAUAAUGUAGGAGCGGCUACCUGGUCUGCAGUCGAAUGUAAUGUCGCCAUCAUCUGUGCCUGUCUUCCGGCUACUCGCGCCUUUAUCUCCAGGCUCAUUCCCAGGUUCUUCUCCACCGGCAGAAGCAACAACACCUCAAGGCCCUACAACCAAGGCCCACGGAGCCGCAGCGCAAACAUCACUGGCUUCCAUGCCUCCGUCGCCGCCGGAAAGGACCAGCCAACAAACUACAAUCUGAGCACAUUUGGCCCCAAAUCCGAGAAUGAGAAUGCGGCCGUUGCACCGAGGGACAUCAAGGUCACAACGAUAGUAUCGCAGGAAACUGUCAUCUCCCCCGUGGAAGAGUAUUCUAGCCUGAAGGGGUUGAUUAGGGAUUAA